GCGCCUCCGCGCCGGCAGGUGGCGAUAUGAGCGCAGCGCUGCUCGAGGCGGAGACCGUUGCUGUAGUAACGCUGACGUGCGCGUCUGUGGCUGAACCGCUGAACAUGUCCAGGUGUGUUUGUGUGAAGGCGGGAUGUCUGCGGUAAAGAGCCUCGUGCCCGCGCGCUUCCUCACGCUCGCCGCGCACCUGGUCAUCAUCAUCACCAUCUUCUGGUCCCGCGAGAAUAACAUCCGGUCAUGCCUGCCACUGGAUUUCACUGAAGAACAAUUCAGAGCAGAAGAUACACGGCUGGUGGUGGCUCUGUCUGUGACUCUGGCUCUGUUUGUCAUUGAACUGGCUGGAUUUCUCUCGGGAGGCUCCAUGUUCAACAGUAAUCAGGCCGUCCUGUCUCUGGUCGCUCACUCCAGCGCCAGUGUCAGUCUGUCCUUCUUUGUUUUCCAGCAGUGGCCCUGCUGGACCUACUGGAUCAUAUUCAGCCUCUGCAGUGUGUUUCCAGCGCUCUUCGAGUUCAUUCUGCUCAUUUCACUGAAGUCAGUAUGAAGGUUCUUCAGCCGAGGCUCUCGAGGACAUGAAGACCCGCAGAAGAAACACUGAUUACGCUUUUAGUGUGAGAGAUUGUCACAGAUAGAGAUGGUCCCGUGUUUUACAGAACGUAUCGCACGUCAACUCAGACUUCAGGAGGAGAAAUGUAGAGAUUUGUAGCUGAUUAUCUUUUCUCUGUGUUUUAUAAAGGAAUUAAACAUACAUUUCCACAGUG